AUGUUCGAUACUUGGUUGGUGGAUCUAGGAUUAGACGCAGGCAGGCUGGCAGGCAGGCAGGAUUCAGGGGAGUGGGAAGCAGGGCCAGGGCCAGGGGCCAGGGGCAGAACAGGUGGCCGGCAGGCAAGUCGGCAGGCAAGUCGGCAGGCAGGGCGGCAGGCAGGGCGGCAGGCAGGCCGGGGUCCAGCGCUGCAGCUCGCAUUCUUUGACGCCACCCGAGCGUCAUCGUCCAACCAUCGUAGGCGAGGCGAAGAGCCCCACACUACACACGCGUUGACGAGUCGGAGAAUUCCCACCAAGACAGACGACACCGCGCCCCUUGAACGCUUCGAGUCCUCGACACCGAGAGUUUCUGCGUUCUUGCCCCGCUGCCCUUCCGAGACCACACAGGUACUGUACGGGCCACGCACGACGGAUCGCAUUGCAGCACAUCUCAUGCUCGGAAUCUUCGACACUGCGACAGCCUAUUUCCUCGUGGCCUCUAGCCUGCCUGCCUGCCUGCCUGAGCCCUCCUUGGCAUCGCUCCCGACCAUGGCGCCCUGCAGCCCGGCCAGCCCCAAAGCGCCCACCGUUACUGUACUCCGUACUUCUAUGUGGGAUCUUGAGUCUCCUCACGAUCUGCCCCAAAGCAGAUCCCUGUUACCUACAGGAUGCAAGUUGGAACCCUGA